UUUGUCCUACAAACAUAAAUAUCUUUAUAUUUUUCUAGCUAUACUUUUGGUGGUUUUAAAACUUGCUAUAUAGUCAUUAUAUACCAAAGGUGAAGAAGACCUUCUAUUCAAGUUGGAACACCAAACAUGGCCACAAAAGAAUCAAGUUCUGCUGCCUCUGCUUCUGCUGCAGGGGAUGCUAAAAUUAAGAGGGUUCUCACCCAUGGUGGUAGAUAUGCACAGUACAAUGUGUAUGGAAACUUGUUCGAGGUGUCCUCGAAGUAUGUGCCUCCCAUUCGCCCCAUCGGUAGAGGGGCUUAUGGCUUUGUCUGUGCUGCUGUGAAUUCUGAUACACAUGAACAAGUUGCCAUCAAGAAGAUAGGUAACGCGUUUGACAAUAUCAUUGAUGCUAAGAGAACACUGAGAGAAAUCAAGCUCCUUCGUCACAUGGAUCAUGAAAAUAUCAUUGCCAUCAAGGAUAUCAUACGGCCCCCCAAAAAGGAGACCUUCAAUGAUGUAUACAUUGUUUAUGAAUUGAUGGACACUGAUCUGCAUCAUAUAAUUCAUUCUGACCAACCUCUUAGAGAGGAACAUUGUCAGUACUUCUUAUACCAGCUGCUACGGGGGCUGAAAUAUGUGCACUCAGCUAAUGUUUUGCACCGUGAUCUUAAGCCCAGUAACUUGCUGAUGAAUGCAAACUGUGACCUUAAAAUUGGAGACUUUGGUUUGGCAAGGACAACAUCUGAAACAGAUUUCAUGACAGAGUAUGUUGUCACACGUUGGUACAGAGCCCCGGAAUUGCUUCUUAGUUGUUCUGAGUACACCUCUGCAAUUGAUGUUUGGUCUGUUGGAUGCAUAUUUGGUGAAAUUUUGACCAGAGAACCCAUGUUUCCUGGGAAAGACUAUGUUCACCAAUUAAGGCUUAUAACUGAGUUAAUAGGGUCACCUGACGAUGCUAGCCUUGGAUUUCUCCGAAGCGAUAAUGCUAGAAGAUACUUUAGACAAUUCCAACAAUACCGGAAGCAAAAAUUCUCAGCUAGAUUCCCUAACAUGUUGCCUGAGGCAUUAGAUCUGUUAGAAAAGAUGCUUAUCUUUGAUCCAAACAAACGCAUCACAGUUGAAGAGGCACUUAGUCACCCAUACCUUUCAUCACUUCACAACAUCAAUAACGAGCCAGUUUGCCCAAGGCCAUUCAGUUUUGAUUUUGAUCAACCAACAUGCACUGAAGAGCAGGUCAAGGAGCUCAUCUGGAAGGAAUCAGUGAAGUUCAAUCCAGAUCCUUCGUGUCAGUAAUCCUUUCAUGUUUGUAUAAAUAUAACAACAUAAAACCUCUUUCCCUUUAAAUGUAUUGCAUGUUCAUCAUCAUUUAGAUGAUGUGCUAAGGACACAAGUUCGCUUCCUUGUUGUAAUCUAAUCCUAAACCAAUGAGGAUAUGGAAACACAUUUCUCCUGGAAAAUGGGUGAUCUUUAGAAAUCUUGCUGGAAUGCUGGACGUUACCAUUAUACACAUUUAUACGAAUAAUGAAAAAUAUGCUGUAUUGUGCUGAA